ACGCAGUGUGACAGCUGCUCUCUUAUUUAAUGGGGGGCUCUCUGGUUAGAAGGGAUCAGAAGUCUCUCCAAGACAGCAGAAGCAUGGCAGAGGAGCUGGGGUUGGGCUUCGGAGAAGCAGUCCCAGUGGAAAUGCUGCCGGAAGGCUGCAGACACAGGCCAGAGGCCAGGGCCGGGCUAGCUGCCAGGAGCAAAGCCUGCCUGGCUCUCACCUGCUGCCUGUUGUCAUUUCCCAUCCUCGCUGGACUUAGCACCCUCCUGAUGGCUGGCCAGCUCCGGAUCCCCGGAAAAGACUGUGUGCAUCGGCCUAUAACAGAAAAGAGGUCUGAGCCUUCACCACAGCCAGUUUACACACCUCCCAGAGGCAAGCCAAGAGCACACCUGACAGUUAAGAGACAAACUCCAGCACCACAUCUGAAAAAUCAGCUCUCUGCUCUGCACUGGGAACAUGACCUAGGGAUGGCCUUCACCAAGAACCGGAUGAAGUACAUCAACAAAUCCCUGGUGGUCCCAGAGGCAGGAGACUAUUUCAUCUACUCCCAGAUCACAUUCCGAGGGACCACAUCUGUGUGUGGUGACAUAAGUCGGGGGAGACGACCAAACAAGCCAGACUCCAUCACUGUGGUUAUCACCAAGGUAGCAGACAGCUAUCCUGAGCCUGCCUACCUAUUAACAGGGUCCAAGUCUGUGUGUGAAAUAAGCAGCAACUGGUUCCAGCCCGUCUACCUUGGGGCCACGUUCUCCUUGGAAGAAGGAGACAGACUAAUGGUAAACGUCAGUGACAUCUCCUUGGUGGAUUACACAAAAGAAGAUAAAACUUUCUUUGGAGCUUUCUUGCUAUAAGGAGGCGACAACCAUCAUUCCAAGGGGCUCCCCUGCCUCCUACUUUCCAAUUUCCUUUGCUCAUAUGGAUCUAUAAACAGGGAAGGGGGCAGUGGUUUAGCUAUAUAAUUUAGGAGCUCAAUGUUGAUCCGUAUAUGUCUUAUGGACUAAAAUAGUAAAUGGAAAACUCAGUACAGCUCAUGUUGGAGAGAGACCUGCUGGGUUUUAAAAAUUGAAACACGCAUCAUCCAACGGCACAAUCUACUGAUUUCAGGACAGAACCUUUCCACAGUGCCCUCUGUCCUAGUCCUUUCUAAAUUCAGCAGUUCAGUUAGAGCUGAAUUUGACAAUGAACUUACUUCAGAUCAAGAGCUAAAGACAGAAUCCAAAGAAAGACUGAGAAAAUGAUGUUAUUUCUCCAGAAGCAAAAGUCCUUUAUUUGCAUUUCCACAUUGUUUUGUGCCUAACCUAAAAAAAUAAGAAGGAAAGAAAGAAAGAAAGAAAGAAAGAAAGAAAGAAAGGAAGNAAGGAAGGAAGGAAGGAAGGAAGGAAGGAAGGAAGGAAGGAAGGAAGGAAGGAAGAGACAAGAAAAGACAAGAAAAAAGAAAAGAAAUGGUACUUCUCGUGAAUAUUCCCCUAAAAGGAAUUGGUUUUCUGCUGUGCAGAAGAAAGCUCCCCUUUCUUCUGAUUGAAUCCUUUAGUAUCCAAACAUACAAGUGGGAAUUCCAAAUGCACAUGGAACAUAGAACACUUUUAUUAUUGUGAGAACAUGUUUAUUGAGUACCUACUACGCUCUGGGCACUCAGCCCACAGGACCACGAAGAGAAAGUCAAAUUUUACUUAAAAACUAAAUGAAUCCUCAAUACAUAUUUCCUGGUCAAGUACCACUCAGAAUGUUCCAAAGAAUAACUUCAAGUCAGCCAUCUAGGUGGUUUCUUGGGUAAAGGUGCUUGUCAUUAAGCCUGACACCUAGGUGUGACCUCCCAGAACACAAAAGCUGGAAGGAGAAAACUGAUUCCCACAAGUUAUCCUCA